CCUUGAAUAUCUUUAAUCAAAUCCGCUUGAUUAUCGUCUGCAAUAAUUCUUCCAUCACUGCACUCGGAUGCUAUUGUGUGAUUAAUUUUAAUUUCAGAUUUUGUAAAUUUUUAUUAUAUUAACCUUUCUUCUUUUUUUUUUUUUUUUACAACUGGGUGGGCGUUAUGGUUGAUGGACGGGUGAUGGCUUGUAAUCAUGGACCAUGGAUAGAUUCCGACAACUUUUGAGCGCUUGUGAACAUGGCGAGGUUCACGUUAUCCUCAGCCAGUUGGAUCAAGGAUUCGUACAGGUGGACGAUGUGGACGAUGACGAGAUUACUGCCUUACAAAUGGCAGCAGCAAACGGCCAAGAACAAGUGGUUCGGCUUCUGUUGAUGCGAGGAGCUGCUUUGGAUAAACCCAACAUGGCUGGUUGGACGCCUCUAAUGCAAGCCUGUCGACACGGUCACACGAAUGUGGUAGCCUUAUUGUUACAAAACAAGGCUGACUUCAAUGCUUUGAAUCGACUCGGCGCUUCUGCACUGACCAUUGCUGCUCGAGGUGGCCAUUUGCAGGUUGUACGGAUGCUGUUAGAUGCUGGGGCCGAAUAUAACAGACAUGGGAAAGACUGUGAGAUCACGCCGUUGAUGUCUGCUGCUCAGAAUGGACACGAUUCCGUUCUGAGACUUCUGCUGGACAGAGGAUACGAAGUCAACUACCAGACGCCGUCCAAUGGCCUCACAGUUUUAAUGGCAGCUGCUCAAAACGGACACAUGACCACUGCUCAAGUGCUCAUCGAACGGGGCUGUGAUCCGAAUUUGACCGACAUUAACGACCGAACUGCCCUGGAAAUGGCGAAAAUGCGGGGGAAGCGAGAAGUACACGGCUAUUUAGAUCGAAAAACCAAAAACAAACCGAAAGUUUCGCCAGAAGAAGUGAAACCUGACAUCAUAACUGCUUCGAAACAAGGCGAUCUUGAACGCAUUUCUCAGAUUCUGAAAGAAGAUAAGAUACAAGUUGAUGCUUGUUCACCUCAAGAUGGAGCGACGCCUCUUAUGUUUGCUGCCAUGAUGGGACGGUUGGAUAUUGUUCGUCAGUUAGUCGAGAAUGGUUGUGACCCCAACAAACAAGACACCAUCAGUGGUUGGACAGCAUUGAUGCAAGCCACCUACCAUGGACAAAAAUCUGUUGCCAUGUUUCUCAUCAAUGAGGCCAAAACUGAAGUGACUGUUCAAGCGAAAAAUGGAUGCACAGCCUUUGACAUGGCCUCCCUACUUGAUGAUGUUGACACAGAAUUAUUACGUUUACUUGCUGAGAAGACAAUGAAAAUAACAAACCAGCGCCAGGGCAAAAAAUGGGUCAAACAGAAUGGCACAGUUCAAGAUUUCAGCGAAGAACACUCACAGAAUGGAUUGAGAGCCUGGUGGAGUCGUAUGUCAAACCGUUUCCGCAAUCUGAAACUUGGUCGCACCUACAGCACCUCUCAUUACUUUGCAACGGGACCGUUCCAGCCUGAUACUGAUGUUGCCAUGGGAGACCAGCAUGUCUCACCCGCAUCUGCUUUGCCAACUCAACAAAUGGUUGACUUCAACAGUUACGAGAUGAUUCUUCAGGAAACUAAACGAAGUGCAACAAUGUGUACUCAGGAUAUGAGCACUCCACAUUCCAACUCUUGUGACACCCUGAAACCAGUUAUUCCGCCAUUCCUGCCACAACCAACGUUUGGUCUGGACAGUACUGACCACACAUCACGUAAACUCUGUACUGGACGCAGGACAGCACCAGUCUCUCCGGUCCUCAUGAAUUCAACAACGAGAUCUAGUCGAUCAGUAGCCUGUCCUUCAAAACUGCUACACAAUCGAUCUACAGGAAAUCUAAAUAUGCAUCACCAAGUGAACCCAUCAACACCCAUGAUGGCCCCAGCUUCCCGCUAUUUUCCUUCAAGUCCUUCUCUUGGAAUCACCGGUUCAACGACUGCUACAAUCAUUCCUGGUUACAAAAAGCAUUUGCCAUACCAGUUUACAAACAACCCCAGUGCAUCAUCUGCUCCUGGGCCAACGUCUGCUGCAGUCUAUUCAAGAGUGGCAAUGUCUAAUCGUGCAGCAGCUGGAGGAGAAUUCAGUUCUCUUGGGUUGUGUGCAGAACAGGGUCCUGUUGGCAACCCUGCAUCAGCUUCUUCUGCUGUUGCUGUUCCUAGCUCAGACUACCCCCCAACUGAUGUAAACCUUACCUGGACAAAAUGUGGACCCAAUCCUGCAACUUAUUCUCCAGCUCAUCGUUUGUACAGUGGUAAACUUUCAAUGGGUUUAUCGGCGUUUCGCAAUGCAUCUAAUACUACCUCACCAGACAGUUCUACAAGUGGCAGUUCCUCAAUGACUCCACAACGAUCAUCUCAUGGCCACAGUACAUCUACCUUAACACCUUCAGCUUCUCCAACACCUGGUAAGACUGAAGAGGAAAUUUACUGUGAAGACAAGAAGCACAUAGGAUCAGAAGAUGAAUUAUCUGGAAUACUCAAGAAAUUAUCUCUAGAAAGAUACCAUCCGAUAUUUGAAGAACAAGAGGUUGACAUGGAAGCAUUUCUGACUCUCACUGACCGAGACCUGAAAGAACUUGGAAUCUCACACAAUGAAUCUCGAAGACAGAUUCUAGCAGCAAUCACAGAACUAGAGACAGGAAAGGGUCGUGAAAGACAACAAUUCCGGGAGACUUUGACAUUGUUUCAGAAAGCUCAAAGUUUAACUGAAGACUUGAAUUAAACAGUAUUGUGAAGAAAACUGCCCCAUUAUCAAGAAUCUCAGGUGUUUCAUUUGCAAAGUACACGUUAAUGCUUUUCUCAUCACAUUUGUAGUACGAUACACCACCCAGGGGUUUGAAUUAAUUUGGAAAAGAAAUCACAAAUUCAAGGCGUAACUAUUUUCAUUACUAACAUAAUUCAAAACGAUCAAGAUUUGGAAUUAAUUAAGAAAGAGUAUCUCUAAUCUUAGCUAUCGGUUCGUUAUGUUAGAGUUGACCAACUGAAAUAUUCCUAUGAUGAGAAUUGGAUAUCAGUUGGGACACUUUACUAGUUUGGCUGCAAUUAAAAGGGCUAAAUGGGUGUUUCAAAUUAACACUUAAAGGGGUCACAUUUAUGGAAGGCUGAUAUGAACACUUUACAAGAUAUGGCAGUUUUAUAUCCUAAAGAAACGGUCUUGGAUCAAAAGACACACAACAAAUCAAAACUAGAAAAAAAACUUUUACACUUCAUUUACAUGUUUUUUUUCUAACAAGUCCUAGUCAAUUUGCAUUCUCUUAUUUUUUAAUAUUCUUUAUCUUUCUGUGAUUCAAACAAUACAAAAGAACUUUGUGCCAAAGAUGAACUAUUCUGGUAAACUCAUCAGGAUUUGCUAUAUUAAAUAGCAUUCAACUCUGAUCAAUUUUCUAAAUAAACUUGUAAAUUUAUCCAAAA